CCGCCGCCGCCGCCGCCGCCGCCGCCACUUUCUCGCUCGCUCCCGCUCCCCGGACGCGGCGGAUGAGCCGGCCCCGCUGGGGAAGGGCUCGGGGCGGCGGCGGGCGGCCGGGAGGAGGCUGCGUGCUCGGGGCUGGGGCUGCGAGCGGGGUGAUUUUGUAUUAAAAUGAGGAGGAGGAAGAAGCGGCAGCCACAGCGGCGGCGGCGGCAGCAGCGGCAGCAGCAGCGGCGGCAGGAGCAGCGGCGUAGAGGGCUGCAGCCCGGGCGGACGCGCGGAGCCGAGCUGGGCACGGCGGCGGCGGCGACAGCGGCCGGGAUGAGUCAACUAAUAAUUUAAUGGGGGCAGAGACGGCAGCGCGGGGGAGAGCGAGCGAGCGAGCGAGAGCGAGCAAGCGAGAGAGAGAGCAGCAGCCCCGUCCGGGGACUCGCGCUCACACGCACGCACACACACAAACACACACACACACACCUCUCCCUGUGCCACCCAGCAACAACCGGCCUCGUCACAACAACAGCAACAGCCGCCCUCUAGCCCGGCCCGGGGACCGAGCCUGAAGCCGGGGCGACUCCAAGGGACGCUUCCCACCCCUCCUCUUGCAUUUCGGGAAACUCCUCAUCAGUUUUGUUGGGGUUUCUGGGCUUCUUUUUUCCCCCCUAAGUCCCAGUGCCAUUGUGGUGCUCGUUGUUUACCUCGGACUCGGGCUGAGUGAGAGCUCGGCGACUUUUUGGGGGGAGGGGGCGGGGAGUUCGUCGCUGCCGAGGCGGUGGAGGUGGCUGGGGGGGCGCCUUCAGAUUCCCUCCCCCUCCCCCCAGACCCUCUUUUUCUCUCUCUCUCUCUCUCUACUCACUCGGCUCCCCAGGCGCUCGCAGCCCCGCGUCAAUGGGCUGGGAGAGGGUCCUCGGGGCUGCUAUCAGCGAGGGCCGAGUCAAAAGUGGCAUUUCAGUGCCUUUCCGGGGCUCUUUCCGCGACCUUCUGCCCCCCACCCUCGCUGUUCCCCGGUAGAUGCCCUCCUUGGGGGUGCGAGGCUGUGGGAAGAAAGUUUAAGGUUUGUUAAUAAUCAGUCGAAAUUGUUGGGGAGGGGGUGGGGGCCGUUGGAAGGGAGGCGAGGUGGCCUUCCCCUCCCCGCGUUCUCCGGGGUUAUUGGAAAAUAAUACCGCAAGUGACAGCCAGAAGUAGACUUUCUGUCCUCACACCCAAGAACCAGAGCGAGCGGGAGGGAGGGAGGGAGGGGAGCGAGGGGACCUUUUUUUUUUUUUUUUUUUUUUUUCCUUUUUGGAGACCUUGUCCGCAGUGGGGGUUUUUUCUUUCUUCCCUUUUUAAGAGAAUCCUCAGUCACCACCUCGCCUCCCCAGCACCACCACAGUGCACGGCUCAUAACGGGUUUUGCUUUGUUUUUACGAUUUUCCCCCCAACGAAUCACUUGUCAGAUCAAUUUUAUCUUCUCCCUCCUCCCUACUUCCCACUCUCCCCUCCUCCCCCAUCGAAAACCCCGUUCUCCGAGGUUAGACAUUUUACAAACCAUAUAUGUUGUUUUUCGAAUUGUGAUUUUUUUUUUUUAACCCCCCUCUCCCAUGGCUACUCUUCUAGACGUUUAUUUCUGCCCUUCCCCCGCUUAGGGGGGCGGGGGUAGGGGAAGAGAAAAUAAUACAAUUUCAGGGGAAGUCGCCUUCAGGUCUGCUGCUUUUUUUUUUUUUUUUUUUUUUUUUUUAAAAAAAAAAGGACAUUGAAAACAUCAGUCUUGAACUUCUCUUCAAGAACCCGGGCUGCAAAGGAAAUCUCCUUUGUUUUUGUUAUUUAUAUGCUGUCAAGUUUUGAAGUGGUGAUCUUUAGAGGGUAACUGAGUAUGGAUCAUUUGAACGAGGCAACUCAGGGGAAAGAACAUUCAGAAAUGUCUAACAAUGUGAGCGAUCCGAAGGGUCCACCAGCCAAGAUUGCCCGCCUGGAGCAGAACGGGAGCCCGCUAGGAAGAGGAAGGCUUGGGAGCACAGGUGCAAAAAUGCAGGGAGUGCCUUUAAAACACUCGGGCCAUCUGAUGAAAACCAACCUUAGGAAAGGAACCAUGCUACCGGUUUUCUGCGUGGUGGAACAUUAUGAAAAUGCCAUUGAAUAUGACUGCAAGGAGGAGCAUGCGGAAUUUGUGUUGGUGAGAAAGGAUAUGCUUUUCAACCAGCUGAUAGAAAUGGCAUUGCUGUCUCUGGGUUAUUCGCAUAGCUCUGCUGCCCAGGCCAAAGGGCUAAUCCAGGUCGGAAAGUGGAAUCCAGUGCCACUAUCUUAUGUGACAGACGCCCCUGAUGCUACGGUAGCAGAUAUGCUUCAAGACGUGUACCAUGUGGUCACAUUGAAAAUUCAGUUACACAGUUGCCCCAAACUAGAAGACUUGCCUCCCGAACAAUGGUCGCACACCACAGUAAGGAAUGCUCUGAAGGACUUACUGAAAGAUAUGAAUCAGAGUUCGUUGGCCAAGGAGUGCCCCCUUUCACAGAGUAUGAUUUCUUCCAUUGUGAACAGCACUUACUAUGCAAAUGUCUCAGCAGCAAAAUGUCAAGAAUUUGGAAGGUGGUACAAACAUUUCAAGAAGACAAAAGAUAUGAUGGUCGAAAUGGAUAGUCUUUCUGAACUAUCCCAGCAAGGUGCCAAUCACGUCAACUUUGGCCAGCAGCCUGUCCCAGGGAACACAGCUGAGCAGCCUCCGUCCCCCGCACAGCUCUCCCAUGGCAACCAGCCCUCUGUCCGGACCCCUCUACCGAACCUGCACCCUGGGCUUGUGUCAACGCCCAUCAGUCCUCAAUUGGUCAACCAGCAGCUGGUGAUGGCUCAGCUGCUGAACCAGCAGUAUGCAGUGAAUAGACUUUUAGCCCAGCAGUCCUUAAACCAACAAUACUUGAACCACCCUCCCCCUGUCAGUAGAUCUAUGAAUAAGCCUUUGGAGCAACAGGUUUCAACCAACACAGAGGUGUCUUCCGAAAUCUACCAGUGGGUACGUGAUGAACUGAAACGAGCAGGAAUCUCCCAGGCAGUAUUUGCACGUGUGGCUUUUAACAGAACUCAGGGCUUGCUCUCAGAAAUCCUCCGAAAGGAAGAGGACCCCAAGACUGCAUCCCAGUCUUUGCUGGUAAACCUUCGGGCUAUGCAGAAUUUCUUGCAGUUACCAGAAGCUGAAAGAGAUCGAAUUUACCAGGAUGAAAGGGAAAGGAGCUUGAAUGCUGCCUCGGCUAUGGGUCCAGCCCCCCUGAUAAGCACACCGCCCAGCCGCCCUCCCCAGGUGAAAACAGCUACGAUUGCCACUGAGAGGAAUGGGAAACCAGAGAACAAUACCAUGAACAUUAAUGCUUCCAUUUAUGAUGAGAUUCAGCAGGAAAUGAAGCGCGCUAAAGUGUCCCAAGCACUGUUUGCAAAGGUUGCUGCAACCAAAAGCCAGGGGUGGUUGUGUGAGCUGUUACGCUGGAAAGAAGAUCCCUCUCCAGAAAACAGGACUCUGUGGGAGAACCUCUCCAUGAUCCGAAGGUUCCUCAGUCUUCCUCAGCCAGAACGUGAUGCCAUUUAUGAACAGGAGAGCAACGCGGUGCAUCACCAUGGCGACAGGCCGCCCCACAUUAUCCAUGUUCCAGCAGAGCAGAUUCAGCAGCAGCCGCAGGCGCAGGCGCAGCAGCAGCCGGCGCCGCCACCCCCGCAGGCGCAGGUGCAGCAGCCGGCCGGCCCCCGGCUCCCCCCGCGGCAGCCCACGGUGGCCUCGCCCGCAGAGGCCGAGGACGAGAACCGGCAGAAGACCCGGCCGCGGACGAAAAUUUCCGUGGAAGCCCUGGGCAUCCUCCAGAGUUUCAUCCAAGACGUGGGCCUGUACCCGGACGAAGAGGCCAUCCAGACUCUGUCCGCGCAACUUGACCUUCCCAAGUACACCAUCAUCAAGUUCUUUCAGAACCAGCGGUAUUAUCUCAAGCACCACGGCAAACUGAAGGACAACUCCGGCUUAGAGGUGGAUGUGGCCGAAUACAAGGAAGAGGAGUUGCUUAAGGAUUUGGAAGAGAGUGCCCAAGACAAAAAUGCUAACACCCUUUUCUCGGUGAAGCUAGAAGAAGAGCUGUCGGUGGAAGGAAACACAGACAUUAACACUGACUUGAAAGACUGAGAUCAAAGUAUUAUUUUCAUUCAACAGUGCCACUGGUAUUUACUAACGACAUGAGAAGUCCACCUUGUAUUCUCUCAGAAAACCUUUGUUGUUCAUUGUUUGGCCAAUGAAUCUUCAGAAACUUGCACAAACAGGAAAGUUGAGAAAGGAUAAUACAGACUGCACUAAAUGUUUUACUCUGUUUUACAAACUGCUUGGCAGCCCCAGGUGAAGCAUCGAGGAUUGUUUGGUAUUUAAAAUUAAAAUUUGUGUUCACGGGACGCAUCGAGGUGCAUACCCGUAAGCAUGAUACCAGUGAUAUCUUUUUUUUUUAAAAAAAAAAAUUAUUCUGGAGCCUCAAACAAGCAUUAUAACUUCUGUGAUUAUUAUUUCCUUCCUUUAAUUAUUUCUGUAACACUCCACACUGAUCUUUGGAAACUCGCCCCUUAUUUUAAAAAAAGAAAAAAAAAGAGUUUGUUACUCUAUUGUAUGUUACAAAAGAACUAUAGACUGUGGAAUGCAGUUUAAAGAUGACAUAUGCCAACAAAUGCCUUGUAUUAUAUGGCACUGCCGUAAUUCAAAUUUGUUUUUAUUUUGGAAAUAAAAGUUCACUGUAAUUUUUUUCAUUCUCAUUGUUACAUGAUUUUUUAAAAAAUGAAAAGAAAAUGUGAAACACAAUUUAGUCCUCAUUAUUUAUUUGUAGAUCCUGCAGCAUCAUGUUGUAAUUAAUUUUUUGGAAGUUUCCGUUAAAUGUAAUAUUGCUUCUCUUGUUACCAUACUGAUUCUUUUCUAUUUAUAAAUGUAUUUUGAUGGGCAGUAAAACAAAGUGUCUUAAAAGUUUUAAAUAGAGAAAAUGUGCUUUACACAGUUGCCUAUAAAAAGUGCUCUAUGUUAUCCAAGCAAUUCAUACUAUAAGCUUCACUCUUAUUGUUGUAUGCAAUUUUUACUAUCAUGCAAAUAAGCUUAGGUAAAUAAAACUAAUAGAUCACCUUAGAAAAUUAUGCAAUUAAUGUGAAAAUAAUGGAUGUUUGCAAUGUGUCUUCCUUUGGUUUACAAUCAAUUUUAAAGCUACAUCUGUAUAAAAUUUCUGUAUAAAGGUGUAUUUCUUUUUUAUGAGUUUAUGGCUAUGAAAACACCAGCUAUUUUGUUACAGCUGGCUGUUUUUAUAAGUGUAUCACAAUUUUCUUUAUGCAGAAAUGUUCUGAUUAGGAGUGGUUAUUGACUGUAACUACACAAUUAAAAUUGUUUGUAUGGUAUGACAUGGUAGGGUUUGUCUGCUUAUGUGAAGUAACUUGAAAGAGUCAAAGAUGGCCCUCUCAGUUAGGUGCAUGUUGAUACUUUCUUGAGGAUAUUUUACCGAUUUUAUAAAGAGCAACUGAAAAGUCACUUGAAACACUGUAAAUUUCAGUCACAGACGUGGUCAUUUUUUUAAGUUUAACAACAAAGACCAUAGCCUGUUUUUGCUUAACAUUUUGCCUAACAAACAGAGAGAGCAGGAUGGUCGGAAGACCUGCCAACGAAAACAUAAAUCUAGUCUCUAGGAGUUAUGCACUUAGAAUGAAUUCGUCUGCAUUUAGUUCACAAUAUUUGAUUAUGGCAACGCUUUUUUUAAGCUAAUGUAUAAAUAUUUUAAAGGCCUUUACCAGUAACAAAGUAAGUAGGGAAAAAAUGGACCUUCUGUAUAAAAACCUCACAGUAAGCAAUGUAUUUUUUUGAAGUUCUAAGUGGAAUAUGAGUUAACUCGGAGCUCAUUUGGUUGUGUAUGUCAUAAGUAUAGGAACUAAAUGAAGAAAAUAAGAAUAACACACCUGGAUCUUAAACACAGUCUUCUGAACUCUCGCAACAUAAAGCUCUGUAAACUCCAAGAUCUAGAAUGAGAUGUGCUAAUCAUGGUCGUGGAAGGGAUUGAGGCCAGCGUUGCGGUUUUUGAUUGUUAGUAUUUUGUUUGUAUUCACUUUAUCUUUUGCUGCUUUUUAAGGUUUCCUAGAUGCUGAUAGGGGUAUCUGUCUGGGUUCCUUGAUGGUUGGUUCUGAAAUUGUCCGAUCUCUUCAUGCCUAACGUUUUUCCAGGCCCUGAUGAGCUCAGUGGUACGCAACUGGGCUGCUUUAAUGUUGAACUUUUACUUAAGGAACUAAAAUGGCAUCAUUGAAGACUCCCAAUUCAGCCGUAAAAGUACUAUUUACUUUUGAAGCACAGCUGAACUACGAAGGCAGCUGGUUUGCUGUAACUUAAAAUUGUAUUGAAAAAGUUUUCAGUUCUUUUUAUUAAAUGAGAAGACAACUUUUAAACAUUUCUUGCGUAGAGUUCAGAAAAUCACUUGAGCAAACGACAUUUGAAUUAAUAAAAUAGAAGCUAGAUUUCAUGUAUUUAAAAAAGGAAUACAUAGAAACGAGUAUGCCAUAAAGUUUUUUACAAAUUCCUUUCUCCUGCUUUUUCUCCUCUGAGUUUAGGGGAGAAAGGUAGAGCAAAGAGUAGACUUUUAUUUUUUUAACCAGCCCAACAGAAUAUAAGGUGCCAGAAAUUUAAUUUCUUUAGAACGAAAAAUUGGGUUGCAAAUACGAUUUCGCCAUUCACAGUAACCUCAUUUCUUUUGAAAUAACAUUUUGAAAGAAUUGAUGAGUGUGUGUAAGAAAUCAAUACGAUACUAAUGAAAGUCUCAGACCCUUUAACGUAAGCAGCAUAAUCGUACUAAUAUGAUCUUUUAAGCCAAAAAUUAAAAUAAAAGCACAUAUUAAAAGAGAGUGAUGGUCAUGAUGGAGUGAGCAAAAUUGUUUCCAGGGAAGAUGGCACAAUGUGACAAUGAUUCGUUUGGGUGAUCUUCCACAUUGCUCCCCUGAUGUUUUUUAUUGUUAAUACCAGUCCUCUUACUACAGGUGGCUAUGGUAAAAACUCCUUGAACAAGCUUCAUUGUGUCCAAGUAUUUCAGAAACUUUUAAAAGCUGGGCAUGACAUAGCGUUUUGUGCUGUUAAGACCUUAGCAGAGUCAGGUAGUUUGCAGGUAAUAUUCAACCUUGUGCAUCUGAAUCUGUCAUGGAUUCCUUCCCUCAGCACUUUGCCACUAAUUUGUAUUACACUCUGUGGCCAUAUAAUACUUGCACAUUAUGCAAAAAAUAAUGUUGACAGUAUCUCCUUGGCACGUAAUAUGCAGAGUUGACACAUAACCUUUGAAAACCAAGGUAACUAAUAUCUGUGCCCUAGUUGUAUGGCACUUGGUUAAAAAGUCUGUACAUAUUAUGUAUAAAAUGUGUAUUGAUUAACAUUUAGUCCUAAGGAAUUCUGAGCUUAAAAGAAGUGUUUUUUUUUUCCAAGUAGUGAUAUCUAUAUCUAACUGUGCUUAUCUAAAAUAUAUAGCUUGAGUAGAAAACAUUUUCAAAAUGAUUCAACAUUGAGUAAAACUGACAAUCCCAUACAUUCCACUAUUAAAUUCUGCCCUUUUCCCUAUUGUUACCAUCAGCUAAUAUUAAGGUCCUUGAUUGUCACAAUAUUAUCAAUAAAUGAGGUAUUCUGAACUGCCUGGUGAUAUUUUCAAAAGGAGCAAAAUGUGUAUACCCUAUUAUAUAGCCCCCCAAAUAGGACUGUCUUGCCAAAGCAAGCCAAAAAUCUGCAUGAUAGUGUGGAAACCAACGAAGGUCCAGAAACAUUUAUCACAUUUAAAGUAUCAGAAGAUAACUGAUACUGGAGCUUAUCUUACAAGUAAAUAUUUUGGACUUUUAAAGGGGGCAUAUUACGGAUUCAGUGUUUCUUCCAAGGCAAUCCUUUCAAUGUAAAUACUAAAUACUUGCAUGUCUUGCAACAGAGGUUAAAUUACAAUCUAUUAACCUGCACAUUUUUGAUAAAAUAUAAAGUACCCUUAAUAAAGAGAUGUGGUGAAAGGUGUAUGUCCAGAAUACUAUUACCUGUUUAACAAUACCAAAUGUUAAAUAAAAGUAGUUUGGAAUUAAUGUUUAAAAGAUGAGCAACAUUUUUAAUUAAGCCUUUCUUACAUUACCCUACUUCUAUGAAUCAUGUAUCUCCAAAUUUAAUUUUAUCAAGAUAAUUCCACUAAAAUUCCAUUAUGGCUUCUUGCCUUACACCGAGGUUGUGUAUUAAGUCACCUUCUGUCAACUAUUUUCAACUGCUAAUAGCCUUAUUGUGAUCAAAAGCACGUGACCUGGGCCCCCCGGUCUCUGGCAAUGGUUGAUGAGGGAAUACAGUAAAAGAGUACCUUAUACUUGUUGCCUUGCAAAGUAAACAUAAACUCUAAAGUGACCUAUUUUGCACUAAAUUAAAUCUUGAACAUUAUUUCUGUACUAUUAGUUGAAUUUCUUGCACUGGUAUUAUUUGCUCUCUAUGGUAGUUAAGUCUUCAUUACAGUGACAGGAUCUAAUUCGUGUCUUUACGCCCCCAAAAGAAACGACGUCCCGUGUGCUGCUCUGAUUUUCCACUCACAAAAGAACAAACAGUACCUGUUAUAAAUGAGGAUGUUGAGAAGGUCCGAAUAUUUAAUGUCUGCUAACUCGAGUCUGUGGCAGUGUGAUGCAGAAUGAGCAUUUGUCCAGAGCACAAACCUGUCCGAUAGCAUCUUACUGCCGAGACGGGUGUCACCUACUCUGCCUUUGUUUCUGAUUUUACUUUCCAAAUGUUACCAGGUCUCUUUCAAAGCCUUCCUGUGUUCCCAGGGCCCCUCACUGACCGCACACACAGAUAUGCUUAAGAUGAAAAUAGCAACAUUUGUAAAAUGCUUCGUUAUAUAAGGUACUGCCGCAAACAUACCUCCAUCCCACUCUGAGACACUUCCGGCAGGCUCUGAAAAGUCCCACUUCAAAAACCAGGGAGAGGAAACUCAACUAGGGUAACUCAUUUGUCCAUCUAAGUGGCCACGUUGGUUUCAAACCCAAGCCUUCCAUCUAUGCAUUUCUAUCUCUAUCUUCUCCUUUAUAAAAGCUUCUCCAAAUGCAGAAAAUGUAGAAACAUUAGUUGCAAUUCAAAAAUUUCAGAAAUAUAAUGUAGCAUGUAUUUUGUUAAUAUGAAAAAGUCUAUCACUAAGUAUUUGAAAUCAAAUGUGUGAGAUGUUAACCUCCAAACUCUGCUGUCCUGGUGUAAGAGCCAUAUAGAGAAAAUAUUUUUUUCUAAAAAAACAUACAGCUUAUAGGAAUGUAAAAUAUACACGAAAAAAUAGAAUAAAUAAUGUAAUGAACCCCUGACGAUUCAUCCCCAGGUCAACCACUGUAACAUUUUCCCAAUAAGGACAUUGUGAAACUCAUUAAAAUUAGAGAUGAAAUUUUGAUAAAAAUAUUCAAACUGUUCAAUGGCUUUUUCCCAUAAUGAUGUUCUGGCAUCAUCUCACUUUUUACAAAGUAAUGAAUUUUCUGAUUUCUGGAGAAAAAAAUGAAGUUUUCCUCGGAACUCUCUGGGAAUUCUCAAAAAGCCAAUUUUAGAAGGAGAGCCUGUGAGAAUUCCACAAAUAUUUGUAACAUAAGAAAAAAAGGGACAAACCAGCCUCUCUUUAUUUAUAAACAAUACGUGCUUUCAUAUCAUUGUUGAAACUAAAGUACAUAAUUUUCAGUUAUGCAUAAUAAAAUAUGUAAUUAAGCAACAUUCCAUAGUGGAUUAAAGAAUUAAAAGCUUCAGGUGCAGAAAAGAAUUUGUUGGCAUCUUCUUUUUCAAGGUGGUAUUUUGAGGUGUUACUUUUCAUUUUCCUUUGACAUCUUAUACACAAAUAAAUAGACAGACACAGGUGAGAAGCAGAGAAAUGAAGAAGUGGCUACCACAGUAGACCUGAAAAAUAGUGAGGUAACCUAUUUGCAAGGUGCCCAUGAAGGCUACACUAAAAAGGACAGAAAUCUAAGCCUGGGGAGAAAAAAAAAUCUCUAAAUUGGGGGCUACCGUUUCAAGAACCAGAAAUAACAUAAUAAAAAGUUAAUUGCAGUCGAUCAUUCCUGCAUCUCAAACUACAUUAAAUUAAUUCACAAUUAAUUCCAAUUGGUAGAGUCCAGUAGACUUAUGCUAUAAAUGUAAGUUCAUAGAGGCAUCUGGCAUCUAUCCUAUUUUUUAAAAAGAGUAAUGCAUCAAAUAAAAUCAAAUCCCUCAAAUGUCAGACUGCGUCAGGAUGAUUCUGAAAAUAAGCUAUUCUAUUGAACACUUAAGAAAAAAAUUGUAAUAUAGAGAGGAAACACCACAUCGAACAUCAGUAGAACUUUCUGUCUAUCUAGCUACAGUUUUUCAUACAAUGUUUAAACUAUAGUUAUAAUCAACUGUAUGAGAGCAAGUAAAUUCACUAUCCUGUGUCUGUAUUACUCCAAUCCUGACAUGGAAAUCUAUGUUUGGUUUGUGAAUGAAUGAGAUCAGAUAAUUUGGAAGAAAUAUUGGACACAUAAUAAGGAAUGAGACCCAUAUCCCAUGGACAAUCCUUUUAGUGGGGCUUUUUAAAUGGACACAUGUAGGGGCCCCUGGGUGGCUCAGUUGGUUAAGCGUCCGACUUUGGCUCAGGUCACUAUCUCAUGGUCCGGGAGCUCGAGCCCUGUGUCGGGCUCUGCGCUGACAGCUCAGAGCCUGGAGCCUGCUUCGGAUUCUGUGUCUCCCUCUCUCUCUCUGCUCCUCCCC